GUUUCCAGAAUCAUUCAAGUGAAAAUCGGCUGAGAAUUGAACAAAUAGUUAUAACCUGGCUCAGUGGAGGAUAGGAAUCAUGAAUUCAUGUCAGUAUCUUGUGAUUAAAGGAUAAUACAAGACUUCUUCACCUUACAAAUGGUUGUCAAAAGCAGAAAUGCUAAGAAAAGCACAUUUUAUGAGAAAGUGGGACGUGCUAGAGCAAAACGAGCACUAUUUUUGAAAUCAGCAUCGCAAAAUUAGUAAGAAACACGUAGGAUUGGAUUUUAUUCAGCUAAUGUGAUGCAGGGUGGUGUUGUCUAGUGAAAUAGAUUAACUAUUGAGAAAUUGUCUUUUGUUUGAACUAAGCUGUAUUAGAUGCACUUUUCUCUUGGCCCUCUCUAUAUAAAAUCCGUAGCUAUCACACACAGUUGCUGUGCUGUCGCUUGGAGUCAAAAGAUAUUCAAAUCAAUUUAACUGCUACCACCUCGCUAUUUCUGCAGUUAUGAAGAAACAACUCAACUCUGCUUAGAUUUCGAUGGCUUUGUUUGCUCCAAAUCUCUUUGACACCUAAAGACUGACUCUUAAUAUUUUCCAAAAGCCCACUGUUUGAGAUGUUCCAUCCUAUCUAGUAUUCAAAUGGCUGCUGAAUGCAUGCGUAUUAUCUGUCGGCCAUGCUCUCUGUGGUCAAUGACAUAGGAGAGAGCUUCCUCAUCUCAGUCAAACCUGAGCACUACGGGUGUAGUGUGAACAGUGGUUUCCCUGCGUAUGGUAUUGUCAGUUCUUUCAUUUUUCUUAAUUCCGGUUUUGUUUCCUUCUGUGUGCUUGCAACAUUCCUAAAAGCAGCCUGUGAAAUGACACCGUUACAAUUCAAAGAUUCUUUUUGGGGCCCAGAAUUCACAAGUAACACCGGAUAUGAGACUCUUAUCCAGAGGCUAUGUGAUGGGCGACGAGCUUGCAAAGAUAUGGAGGAGCUCUUAAGAAUGAGAGCGAUGGCAGAGGAACGGUACGGCAAGGAAUUGAUUACUAUUGCACGCAAGACAGGAGGGCAAAGUGAAAUUGGCACUUUGAAGGCAUCGUUUGACCAGCUAAAAGCCCAAAUGGAGGACAUCGGAAAUUUGCACAUUCAGCUCUCGGGGAUGUUACGAGAAGAGGCGAAACGAAUGGAGCAGUUCAGAGAACGACAAAAGGAGCAGCGAAAAAAGUUUGAAGGGGUUAUGGAAAAGGUUCAGAAGACCAAAGUGUCAUUAUAUAAGAAAACCAUGGAGUCUAAAAGGACGUAUGAACAGAGGUGUAAAGAGGCUGAUGAAGCUGAACUGGCUGCUGAGAAGCUCAACAGUACAUCCACUGUCACCCCCAAACAAUCUGAAAAGACACAAAACAAAGCAAAACAGUGCAGGGACGCAGUAACAGAUGCAGAGAAACAGUACAUGUCAAACAUAGAGCAGCUGGAUAAGAUUUGUCAGGAAUGGGAGACCACGCACGAGUGCACGUGUGAGGUUUUCCAGCAGCAGGAAGAUGAUCGCAUUAACAUUUUGAGAAAUGCUAUUUGGGUCCAUUGUAACCACUUUUCCAUGCAAUGCGUCAAAGAUGAUGAGUGUUAUGAGGAGGUGAGGAAAGUGCUAGAAAUGUGUGACAUCACGGAAGACAUCAACACUUUCAUCAAGGCAAAAAGCACUGGCACCACUCGUGCAGCGCCCAUUGUGUUUGAAAACUAUUAUGAUAGAGAACCAACAACGGACAGCAAUGGCAUCGCACGCUUUGGAGGAGGCGUGAUGAAGAGGUUUUCAAAUCUCUUGCAAGGCAACUGUGCUGUUGGCUCUAGGACUAAUAAUGAAUGUGUUCAGCCAUCAGCACCUCCAUCAGCUGACAUCUCAGAUGGAGUGUAUGCCUCCAUUCCUGGAUUUCCAAAAGCAACUUCAGACAGUGUUGGCUCUCAAAGCGGCACAUACCAGGCUCAGUAUGACUAUGUCGCUCAGGGCGCUGAUGAGCUCUCCAUCUCUGUGGGGGAAGUGCUGCUCGUGGUGGAACAGGGAGGAGACGGCUGGUGGAUGGUGGAGAGGGACGGCCAGACUGGGCUGGUGCCAGGCUCCUAUUUGGCCAAGAUAUGAAUCAAGAGUCUAGCGCACACUGGAAAGGCUCUCCAUGUCCUUAAACGCCCUCGAAUAGCAGAGUUAUUAAGGGCACUCCCUAUAUAAGUGUCUCAGAGGAGGAUUUCUGUUUGCUAAAUGCAUUUAAGCAGUAGCACAUCCGUACUGAAAAUCUGUAUGGAACAUAGAAACGGGUUAAUAUGUAUAUUAAAAACGGAUAAUUAUACGUGACUAUCAUUAUUGUCGAGAUAGAGAUUUAUAUUUAUUAUAAAAAUUAUUUAUUGUGAAUGAAAAACAUGAGCAUGUACAACACAAUGAGUAGCCACUACGGACUUACCAUGAUUUAGUUCAUGCGAAGACGAUGACAAUGUAGAUAUUUAAACAGAAUUCAAAAUUUCAUCUCCGUUUACUUUUUAAGUUAAUCAAUGAAACAAAAGUGAGGUCAUCUACAAUUUUAAAUUAUCAUCUAUAAUAGAGCUCUAGGUUCAGCAUUUUGCAUUUAUCACUUGGACUGCAUAAAAUAAAAGCUGUGUAAUGAUCAUUGCAUCAUGUUGGCAUUGACUGAAUGUAAGUUGGGUAAUGGUUUGAACACUGGCUGUAAUACUUUUUGACUCAGGUGGUUGGUUGAGAGAAACUAACCUGGGACAAACAUUUUAAAGUUUAAACAGAACGACCUGCUUUGUCUUGUCCUCACGUAUCAAGUUUCCAAAAGGCCAAGGGGGUUUUCAAACAUUUCUCAGUCGCGGUAUUCAACUUACCAUAUGUGACCCUGGAGCACAA